GCCUCUUCAAUACCGCUCUUUCACCAUGGCCGCUCCCCAGGAUACUCAGGGUACUCUCAAGAUUGAGAACCGUGACACCCUCAUCGCCACCGAGAAGAAGUACCAGCAGCAGUGGAAGCAAGACGCCAUCUUCCAAUCCGACGCUCCCUCGCUCCAAGAUGUUCCCUUCCACUCCAUCACCCCCGCCGAGCUCCGCGAGCAACAACCCAAACAANUUGUCGAAUUUGCUACAGGAUGGGCCCGCAUGGAGGGCAAGAGAGCUUUGUUCCCCCAGGGAUACCAUUGUACCGGUAUGCCCAUCAAGUCGUGCGCCGACAAACUGGCCCGCGAGAUGGAAAUGUUCGGCAAGAAUUUUGAAAACUACAAAGAGGAGGACGCCGAGGAGGACGCCGUACCCGCUCCCACCCAGGAAACCACAAAGGCCGACAUUACAAAGUUCAGCGCAAAGAAGAGCAAGGCCGCAGCCAAGGCUGUCUCGAUGAAGUACCAGUUCCAGAUCAUGGGUGCUCUUGGAAUCGAAAAGGAGGAAAUUCACAAAUUCGCUGAUUCAGACCACUGGCUCAACUAUUUCCCUGCUCUCUGCGAGCGCGAUCUCACCAACAUUGGUGCAAGAGUCGACUUCAGAAGAAGUAUGGUCACCACCGACAGAAACCCCUACUACGACGCUUUCGUCCGCUGGCAGAUGAACCGUCUGAAGGAGCUGGGCAAGAUCAAGUUCGGAAAGCGUUACACUGUCUACUCUCCCAAGGACGGACAAGCAUGUAUGGACCACGACAGAAGCUCGGGUGAGGGUGUUGGUGUUCAGGAGUACACUGCCCUGAAGCUCAAGGUUCAAGAAUGGGCCGAGCCCGCACAAAACAUCCUCGCUGGCAAGCUCCCUGAGAACGCCAACGUCUACUUCGUCCCCGCUACUCUCCGUCCCGAAACCAUGUACGGUCAAACUUGCUGCUUUGUCGGGCCCAAGAUUAGCUACGGAAUCUACAAGGUCUCUGAGAACGAGUACUACUUCGUUUCGGAGAGAGCCGCUCGCAACAUGGCUUUCCAGGGUAUCUUCCCUGAGUGGGGUGUCUUCCCUAAGGUCGCCGACUUGCAAGGCUCUGACGUUGUCGGCACUCUCAUCAACGCUCCUCUUUCCGUUUACGAGAACGUCCGCAUUCUGCCUAUGGAGACCGUCAAGGCUUCCAAGGGUACUGGUGUUGUCACUUGUGUGCCCUCGGAUUCUCCUGACGACUACAUUACCAUUCAGGACUUGGUCAAGAAGGCCGACUACUACAAGAUCAAGAAGGAGUGGGCCGACCUCGAGCCUCUUCCCAUCAUUGAGACCCCUACCUACGGAAACCUGACUGCCAAGAAGCUCUGUGAGGACAUGAAGAUCGCCUCGCCCAAGGACACCAAGCAGCUUGCCGAGGCCAAGGACCUUGCUUACAAGGAAGGCUUCUACAAGGGUACCAUGUGCUACGGUGAGCACAAGGGCAAGUCAGUCGAGGAGGCCAAGCCGCUUGUUAGACAGACUCUCAUUGACGCCGGCAACGCUUUCAACUACGCCGAGCCUGAUGGCGAGGUCAUGUCCCGUUCUGGUGAUUCGUGUGUCGCCGGACAUCUGGAUCAGUGGUAUCUCAACUACGGCAAGAACGGUGAUGAAGCCUGGCAACAAGAAGUCCUUGGUCACGUCAACGGCGAGCUUAACACAUUCUCCACCGAGGCCAAGAACGCCUUCCAACAGACUCUCGACUGGCUGGGUCAAUGGGCUUGCGCUCGUUCUUAUGGUCUUGGCUCGAAGCUUCCGUGGGAUCAGAAGUUCCUCGUAGAAUCCCUCUCCGAUUCUACCAUCUACCCCAGUUACUACACAAUUGCUCACUACUUGCACUCCGAUAUCUACGGAGACACUCAAGGUAUUGGCAAGAUCUCUGCUGAGCAAAUGACAGAUGAGGUUUGGGAUUACAUCUUCACUCGUCGCGAAGACGUCGAGAGUGAUAUCCCCAGGGAGACCCUCCAGACCAUGCGCAGAGAGUUCGAAUACUGGUACCCUCUUGAUGUCCGCGUUUCUGGCAAGGAUCUUAUUCAGAACCACUUGACUUUCUUCCUCUACAUCCACGUCGCCCUCUUCCCUCGCGAGUACUGGCCUCGCGGUAUCCGUGCCAACGGCCAUCUGCUUUUGAACGGUGAGAAGAUGAGCAAGAGUACCGGUAACUUCCUUACCUUGUACGAUGCAACCAAGAAGUUCGGUGCCGAUGCCACCCGUGUGUCUCUUGCCGAUGCUGGAGACUCGAUCGAAGAUGCCAACUUCGAGGAGACUGUCGCCAACGCCAUCAUUCUCAAGCUCUUUGAGCUGAGAAAGUGGUGCGAGGAGACUGUUCAGGGUGCUCGCCUCCUGAAGGAGGGCGAGAAUUACGUCGAGGUUAACAAGAACGAGCGUCUCAAGAACAACGACUGCGUUCAGCGUACCGGUGAAAGAUCCUUCUGGGACGACAUCUUCGAGAACGAGCUCAAUGGCUUGGUCAGCGAGACAAGAGAGCACUACUCUGCCACCAACUACAAGUCCGCUCUCAAGUCCGGCUUCUACGACUUCACCAGCGCUCGUGACUUCUACCGUGAGAUUACCAAGUCUUCCGGUAUCGGCAUGCACCAGGACCUCGUCCGCAAGUACGUCGAGUUGCAAGCCUUGAUGAUCACCGUCGUUGCACCCCAUUGGGCAGAGUACAUAUGGCUCGAGGUCCUUGGAAAGCCCAGCACCGUCCAGAACGAGCUCUUCCCUCAAGUUUCUGCCACCAAGCCUGAGCUUACCGCCGCUCGUGAGUACGUCCGCCAAACCAGCGGUAACAUCACCUCUGCAGAGGGCGCUNCAACUGAAGCCUGGCAGUCCAAGGUCAUCGAUUUGGUCCGUGACGCUUUCGACGGCCUGACCAUUGACAUGAAGGCAAUCAGCAAGAAGGUCGACAAGGCUGACAGCAAGAAGGCCAUGCCUUUCAUUCAAACCCUCAAGAAGAGCCUCGAGGGUGGCAUCGACUCAAACACUGUUUUCGAGCGCAAGCUCGCUUACAACGAAGUCGAUGUGCUUGCCCAGAUGGUUCCUGGCUUGAUGAGCACAGUGCAAAGAUGUAUUUGCGUUGAAGUCAUCUCAGUCGAGCAAGGUGGUAAGACCGGCAAGGUUGUCGCCAGCUUGGGUGAAGCCGCUGCUGCUAAGGGCACUGAGAUGCCCGAGUUGCCGCCCCAGGCUGAGAAUGCUGUUCCUGCAAACCCCACUUUCUUCUUCUCUAACAUC